AUGAGCGAAGUAGCGGACUUGAUUCGAAUCGUGAAAGACGCCGGAGGGGGGUCUCGAGGAAAGUGGGAAAGGGAGGAAAUCUCAAUCAAGGGAGAAAAUUUUUCUUUCGGAUCACCGAUAGAGUUGGAUUAUGCGAAAACAGUUCAGAACGACCUCAGCGAAGAAACCGAUGUGGAGGAGGAGGAGGUGAAAGAGGAGAAUCUUUUCUGA